GAAUUUCGUAAUGAUCGAAAUUUAAAAUUAUUUCUGAAUAGUCCCUAGUGAAUAAAUUAGCAAUGGUGCCGGUAGAAAAUAGUGGCUGUAAAACAUCCAAACAGAAACAGAAAAACGGCAAAGCGGAAAAUCAAAAACGAAACGACAAACCCGCGAAAGGGCCUCAACGUGGUGGCGGCAAUCAGCCGAAUGGCAGCAACAACAACAACAAUGGUAAAAAGCAGGCCCGGCUCUGCCCCGGGCGGGACACCUACGAGCGGAUGAAUUUCCUCUACCAGGCUUCGGUACUGAUGGCCGAUAGCGUUCCGGCCCUAUCCGGCAGCUAUGGAAGGCUGAUGAAGUCCAUCGGAAAAAAGGCCACACUGAGGAUCGAACCUGCCAUCAAACGAACGCUAUGUGCUAGAUGUGGAGUUGCUCUAAUGCCUGCAAAAACUGCCGAAUACCGUGAACACUUCCAAGGAAAUCUCAACUUCGUAGAAGUGGCGUGCAACGUGUGUGAUUAUAGGAAACGAUACCGUAACUGGAAGGGCCACAAAAUCCAUUUGGAUGAUCCGAAAUCCGUGGUAGACACAUUAACUUUCGAGACGAAGACUGAAUAAACUAGGCGUUGUUUUUUUUUAUAAAAAUAUAUUCUUUUAUUUAUCAAUCUCAAUAAUUUACACGAUGAAUACAGAGUGUCGCAUACUCAAAUCUUGACAGUAAGAUAAACAUUAUGGCACUUUUCUUCUAUAAUUACACUUUGCUUGUCACCAUCUAACCGGAAAUAUUUAUAACUGAGUGAAUAACAAUCACUUGCAAUAAAUUCCUUCUAAACAUGCCUAAAACUAAUCAUCUAACGAUACAACUUAUAGUAACAAAUGGAUAAGAGCACUCUAUCAUCUAGUCGUUAUCGUAGCCAGAGCAGAUAAUACGAUUGCUUUCUUUUCUAGUGUUAUUGAGAACAUCCCUACUAUACAUAAGCACUUAAAAGAACACCUUGUGUUUGGAUUUCCGCCUUCGGUAGAAUCUGGUCGUUUCCCGAGAAGCAGCCAUUGGCAAGGAAUGUUUCGCGUGCGUUUGUCUGUAAAACGGGCUUGGCUGCCUAUAUGCUAUAAGCUGAGAUUGUUUUCCCUGAUCGAAUGCCGUUUCUCCGAAAACAAGCAGAGUUCUAAUUUUGUUUGCCGUCUAAUUCUCGCGAGAUUAGUUCACAUGGUUUGAGUGGCGGCUAUCGUUCGGCUUCUGCUUAUUCUGCUUUUGAUUUCCUCUAAUGUUUUAGUAUCUUCAGUCUUUAGCGUCACAUAUAGAAAAUAACUUCAAAUUAACACAAUUCGUUUUUUCUCAUGCUUAUUAACUAAGAAUACAACUACGCGCAGCAAUUUCAAAUUUACGUCGAACAAAACAAUAUGCAUAAGAUGCCACAGAUGCUACAGACAUAAUUCUUAGAAACGUCCAUGAACACGUUCGCUAUCCUUUAA